AUGAUGAUUGAGGCAUUUUAUGUGAACAGAUAUUCCAGAGAACACCUCAAUAGAGCAUGCAGGCAACGGUUGCCCGGCCAGCUGAAUAGGGUUGAAGGUUUUGGUGUAUUAAAAGAUGCAAUUAGUACAAAAAAAAGGAAGAUGGUCAAUUGUCUUCCACUUGCUUACACCACAAGGGAAACUACUUGUGCCAUUUUGCAAGAUGUUGCUGAUACAGGUGUCCUUUUUGCAAUAUUAAUGUGUAAAAACAAGGUUAUCAGUCUGGUAGUCUUGCAGAAAGCAUCACUUCAUCCUGAUGACAUGACAUCUGAAUCUUUUUCACCAAUAUGUUUGCCAAGAUACAACUCCAUGGCAUUUUUAUAUGCUUAUGUACAUUAUCUUGAUGUUGAUACGUACUUAACCUUGCUGACUACAAGUUCACAAGCCUUUUUCCAUCUUAAAGAAUGCAGAAUACAAAUUGAAGCUAUUCUUGCAAAAUCAAAUGUUUUGAAUGAAGUUGAAAGAUCAUUAUCAGAAGAUGGCAUGAGAAUUGAGGAUUUACCCGUUGACCCGUCUGCUAUUUCUGGAUCUUUAUUUCUUUUAACUCAUCACAAAACACCAACCAAUGGAACAGUGACAGGUGUCGGUGGUCCAUCUCGACUUUGGCAUUUUAUUUACCGGAGUAUCUAUUUGGAUCAGUUGUAUAGGGCUUACCAGAGACUUUAUGCUUCCAUGCAUGAUAAAGGAGUAGGCCCACAUAAAACUCAGUUCAGAAGAGAUGAAAAUUAUGUUUUAUUGUGUUGGGUUACACAUGAUUUUGAGCUUUAUGCAGCUUUUGAUCCACUUGCAGACAAGAUACGAGGAUGGUGGGUUGUCUUGCAGCAAGAACAAAAAUGCAAUGCGAGGACAAUAAUCAUUUUCAUCAACUACUUCCUUUCCUAAAUUUCUAUAUAAGACCUAUCCAAAAAUCUCAUGUAUGUUAAAUGUAUCUUGAUCAAUAUAAUGGU